AUGGGACUAAAGGCAUACAUAGUUUUGUUUUCAUUUCUCUUGAAUCCCAUUCGGUCUCUUGAAUCACAUUCGGUCCACAAGCACCAUCGAGAUUCAAUCACCACCGAGAUUCAACCACCACCGAAGUUUCCUGUCUCCGUUGCCUCGCCGCCGUCGAAGGUCGCCGUCGAAGGUUGUGCCGCCGUCGAAGGUUGCGUCGUUUUUCCUGAGGAUGGAUUAAAAGGGAUAAAAGAUUCAAUUUCAAAAAUUCGGAGUGCAGUUAAAUAUGUCAAAUCUUCUCCAGCUCGAUUUGCUAGAUUCAAGGCCUGUGUUGAACAAGAGGGAAUUUCUUAUAGAGGUCUUGUUUGCCUUGAUGUUGAACCUAGAUGGAAUUCAACUUAUCUAAUGUUAGAGGCAAGCUUGAAGUACAAAGAUGCCUUUGUCUUGCUAGAUAUGCAAGAUAAGAAAUUUGGUGCUGAAAUGGCCAAAAGUAGUGGUGUGCCACUAGAAGAGAAUUGGGAAUAUGUGAGGUAUGUUCUACCAUUCUUAAAGAUGUUUUAUGACUCUACCAUGCGGAUUUCUGGUUCUUCUUACGUCACUAGUCAUAUGUAUAUGAAGGAAGUGUUUGGAAUUGGUAAAAAGAUUCGACAAUAUUCUGAGAGUAGUGAUGUGAGCAUAAGAUUGAUGGCAAUGAGGAUGAAGGGUAAGUGUGACAAAUAUUGGGGAAAUCCCAAUGGAAUUAAUAUCUUAUUAUUGAUUGUUGUUGUGCUUGACCCAAGGAGUAAGUUGGAUUUUGUUAAUUACUUCAUUGACUAUAUAUUUGAAUCUAGCAUGGCCAGUGGAUUGAAAUCAAAAUUAUUGUCAUCUUUAAAAACACUUUAUGAUCAAUAUCAAGGGGUUGAGGAGGGUUCUCAAAGUAGCCAACAAGAAUCCCAACUAGAUGAUGAAUAUGAUGAUCCUCAUGGCAUGAGCUUCUACCUAAGAGCUACAGGACGUAGAUUUGAUUAUAUAUUAGAGCUUGAUAAAUAUUUGAGAGAGGAUCCUGAACCUUAUACAAAGUCAAUUGAGCUUGAUGUUUUACAUUGGUGGAAGUACAAGAGGAAGAGUGGUUAA